UUUAUCAGCAUCGAGUUUAGUACAUUGCUGCCUACAUCCCUUCCCCACUCCCCUACAUCGCCACUGACUGCCUUCCUCAUCAACCAUGGCUGAGAAGGUCACUGUAAUGAGACUCAAGGUUGAUCUUCAAUGCCCCAGCUGCUACAAGAAGGUCAAGAAAAUCCUCUGCAAAUUUCCUCAAAUCAGAGACCAGGUAUAUGAUGAGAAGCAUAAUCUGGUGACCAUCACCGUGGUGUGCUGUAGCCCCGAGAAAAUCCGCGACAAAUUAUGUUGCAAGGGUGGCAAAGUCAUUAAGAGCAUUGAGAUUGUGGAGCCACCCCCACCACCCGCGAAACCCAAGGAGCCCGAGAAGCCCAAAGAGCCAGAGAAGCCGAAGGAGCCCGCAAAGCUCAAAGAGACAGAUAAGCCUAAAGAGCCGGCGAAGCCUAAAGAACCCGAGAAGCCUAAAGAGCCCGAGAAGCCCACAGUGGUUGUGGUUGAAAAACCAAAACAUCCCGACAAACCCUCAUUUGAACCGAUCCUAGUAAUCCCACCACCGCCACCACCAGCACCGGUUCCAGUUGAACCGUGCUUGCACCCGCCACUUCCAGUGGGGGUCUGUUGUUUCCCAUGUUCGGAAGGGUACGGCGGGGGACCAUGCUACUAUGGGUACGGGCGGCCCGUGCCCCCGGUACCCAGUUAUGAUAGCUAUGGUUAUGAGCACGGGUAUGGGUAUGGGUAUGGGAACGGGUAUCCGUAUAGCCGCUGCGAUUAUUUCAGUGAGGAGAACACUGGGGGCUGUACGAUUAUGUGAGAGGAGUAGAGAAUUUGAUGAUUAUGAACUAUGGAGGGAGGGAGAGAGAGAGAGAAAUGUGCGGGCUUAUUC